AUGAAUGAGUUUUGGAGUCGUCGUACUUGUGUCAUUCUUACUGGCGCUAGCAAAGGAAUAGGACAGUGUUUGGCUGUAGAAAUUGGUAAACUAUUGGUCCCAGAGUCAACCAUUGUUCUUAUGGCUAGAGAUACAAAUGGUCUGGAAAAAACCAAAGAAAUGGUGAACAAAGAAAACAGUGACAUUUUAGUAGAAUAUUAUAGCGUGGAUUUAUAUAACUCUAACGCAACAAUGUUUGAAAAAAUUUUUGAACCUAUCGAUUCGACAAAGUACGAAUUAUUUUUAUUAAUUCAUAAUGCUGGGUCAGUUGGUAAUCUGGAUCAUCUUGCAGCUGACAUGAAUGAUCCUGACGAGUGGAACAAAUACAUGUUGUUGAAUUUAUAUUCAGUAACCUGUUUAACAAGUGUAUUUUUAUCUAAGUUCAAUUCAGAUACUGCUGAAAGAUGCAUUGUCAACAUUACUUCAUUAUUAGGGAUUGAACCAUUUAAAUCAGUUGGAUAUUAUUGUGUUGGAAAAGCUAGUAGAGAAAUGUAUUUCCGUGUAUUGGCUUUAGAAAAUCCUACAUUGAACAUUCUUAGCUAUUCUCCAGGCCCCGUGUUGACCGAUAUGUAUACAAAUAUUAGUUUGAAUUCAAAAGAUGAAGUUGUACGUGAACAAUUUACAAAUGGACAGCAAAAACAAUAUAUUGUGAAAGUAGAAGACACUUGCCAAAAACUAGUGAACACAUUAGCUAUGAGAAGUUAUAAAACUGGUGGUAGAGUUGAUUAUUAUGAUAGAUAA